GGGCCUCCGGUUGGCUGUGGUCACGUGACCAGCCGAAUGCGUACGCGCCGGGACCAGCAGUGAAGAUGGCGGACGAGAGCGCGGACGGGGAUUCGGAGCAGAGUGGCCGCGGCUGGGCGGAUGAGGACACGUUUUACGCCAUGGAGAGUUUGCAGGCGACGCUGCAGCACCUCGAGGCCGCUCUGAGGCAGCGAGACAUCUCGGAGGCCUCGUCCACGGAGUACUGCGACAACUUCUGUCAGGCUCUCAUGCACUAUGCCGGGAGUCGGAACUCGGUCGAGCACGGACUCACGCUGCUGGAAGUCUACUGUCUCUCCAUCAACUGCUUUGCGUCAGCCAGGCCACACCUAACGGCCGAUUCGUCCAGCGUGGCCCUCGUGCUGAAGAGACUUGCGCUGAGCUGCUUUGAGUUGCUUCUGUCUGUACCUCAGAAUGAGAUCCCACUUGAAGCCUGGCUGCAGUUUCACGGCUCUGUUCAGGCAGCCCAUGAAGCGAUGCUGGAGUACGGAAGCACCGACCUCCAGGCGCUGGUCCAGAUCACUGGAGAGGGAGGAGCAUGGAGUAACCCCGCUCUCGUCGCCCUUCUCACCGAACAGCCUACAGAAGCAGAUGAAUUAAAUGCCUACCUGGGUCUGGAGGGAGGGGAUUUUUUGGAGAUGAGGAUCAAGCACCUGGAGAAAGUAGGAGAGGUUGAGAAGGCUCUGAUCCUCACUAAAGCCUGUGGCAACUGCAGCUUGUUGCCCAAUCAGGCCACCUUUCGCCAAACUUAUGUCACACAGCUCUGUCAGCAGCUGCCCAGCGAGGAGGCCAUUCUCGAGAUUUCCAGGUUGGAUGGAAAAGAUGUCUUGGACAUUAUUUGCAAUAUGGAGACAGAAGGUGACGAGAACACGGCCUUCAUUCUCUGCACCACAUAUUUGACGCAGCAGCUGCAGAAAGGAAGCCUGUACUGCUCCUGGGAGUUGACACUGUUUUGGAGUAAGCUGCAGAGGAGGCUCGACGGUUCCCCUGAUUCGUUCCUUGAACGCUGUCUCCAGUUCGGGGCGAUAGCGAAAACCGUCUACCAUCUGAUGUUCCUUAUUCGAGUAAUUCAGACUGAGGUAAUGCACCUUGGUCUGGCAGUGUCUGUUGAACUUUGCGUGAAAGCCCUUCAGCUUCCCAGGCAGGAGUAUCCAGAAACCAAAACCACUGUCUGCAAAACUGCAGCCUGUCUCCUGUUGGAUGAUUUGGAGGUGCUGCGAGCAUGCCAGCUUACAGAGUUCCUUUUAAGCCCCUCUCCAGAGGCGUUUGCAGGCCUUGAGGAUCUUUACAAGCGUCCUGAUCAGAAGUAUGACGAGGAGAACGCUAUAAUCCCAAAUUCAUUACGCUGUGAACUGCUGCUUGCACUCAAAGCCCAUUGGCCAUGUGACCCAGAGUUCUGGGACUGGAAGACUUUAAAGUGCUACUGUAUGAAGUUGCUUGGCCUGGAACCUGAAGAAGAGGACAGUCCUGUGUUGGAAGACACCCAUAGUGUGCCAACCGUGGUGAACAGAGAGGAGGAACAUGUUGAAGAAAAGCAUGAGGGUGACGAAAGCAGCAGAUCUGAAGUGAAGAGUGAGCAGCACAAGACAGAUGAAGGGACACUGCAAAGAAAAGGCUCAAAAGUGCUGCUUUGGACUUCGGAAAGAUCCAAAAGAUGGCUUCAGUACAAAGUACGCUGCGAGAUAUGCCAGAAGGACGUGAUUGAGACACGGUUGUCUCAUCAUGCCAGAAAGCACGUGGAGAACGGUAUGUGGACGUGUCCCGUAUGCCUGCAAAAAUGCCAAAGCAAAGAUGAGUUUGUGCCACAUUCCAAACAACACCUCCAGAUGCCUCCGUACCAUCUGAAAAGGAAGAAAGUUAAAAAUAAGGUGAAAAACGAACAGGAAACAGGUGAACGUGAGUUGAAAGGCUUGGAACCUUGUGAGAUAAACUUGGAACCAUUCUCUGGUGUGUUAGACCGUGUCAUGGAGCCAGCUGCCAUUGUGCCUAAUCAAGAAGCAGAAGCUGAUGAUGGUGAUGAUUACAUCACAUUUGAUUACAUAAAUACGCACUAUAAGUUACAGGAUCGUGAGGUUUAUGUUUGCCCUGCCACUAACUGUUCAAAAAACUUCAAACUUUUCAAGUACUUGGGUGUUCACUUGAAGAAUGAUCACGAUGAGACAGACCCAAAUGUCAAGCAUUACAUCGAGAUGACUAAUCGUCGAGAGAAGUGUACGUUCUGCCGACGAACGUUUAUAACGGCCCAUCACAACCAAAAGCACCGGUGUGUACAUUACGGAGCUUGUCCUUACGUAUGCGUCGUUGCAGGUUGCAGUGCUCGCUUUGAGUCAAUCAACAAACUCAUCAUGCACAAGCACAGACACGGCUUUCGGCUGUCCUACCACUGCGAACUGAAGGGUUGUAGCCUUUCCUUCUGCGAUCUGGGUCAGCUGUACCACCACGAAGCUCAGCACUUCCGAGAUGCAGCGUACACGUGCACCAGCCCAGACUGCAAGAAGUUUUACUACUCUCGUCAGGAAUUUCUGAAACACAUGGACACCCAUGGGAUCACCUUCACAGAGAAGGACUUCGAGGCCCAGAGGGAGGCAAAAAGGAAACUUUUGGUGCCGGUUUUAGAAGAGGAUGAUUGCUUAAAAGCAUCCGUUAAAUCGAAUGGUGAACAAACAAACCUCUCAUCACAACACUUGGAAAGCCAAGAUUCCAAGGGUGUACUGACUUGUGUCACUGUGUGUUUUGAUGGUAAAAAAUUUACCUGUGGCUUCGAAAAAUGUGGAAGGACCUUCAGCAAAGCCCGAGAGAUCCAAAAGCACUUGAAAAUUGUCCAUCCCAGCAAGUUUAAAAAAGAACAUGCGGUAUGCAGAAUGGUCGAAAAUGAAAAGCGCUCGAAGGCGAAACCCGUGAAGGAGCAUGAUGUUCAAGAUAAAGGUCCUUCUCAAGGAUCUGGUCAAGAACAGGUGACGGAGUCUGCGCCAACACUCGGCAGUCACGUAACUCCCGGUGAACUGGCUGGUGCGUUGACUGAAAUCGUUCUAGGGCUUAAUCAGCUAAGCCUUAAUUCUACCACUUCCAGGAAAGUCAGUCGUACUUCAUUUGCUUCAGGAUCUAAAGUGCCACAGGUGACCUGUCCUGAAACUGUGAAUGCUAUAUCGCAAGCCAAAGUAACAACAACAAGCAAACCGGAGUUAGGAUCUCACCAAGCAGCUGCUGAUUUGGCGAGACCGCCGUUAAAGGCUCAGCCGCCUCACAAGGCAGACUCGCCGCCUCACAAGGCAGACUCGCCACCCACGUCGGUAAAGGAUCCUCCUUUAAAUGGUGAUAAACCGGAUAACCGCUUGCACAUAAGCAAACCUUUCAUUUGUGAAGUUGAAGGCUGCUUCUAUAAAAGUGUUACUAGUCAUGCGCUGAUGAUGCACUAUGUCAAAAAGCAUGACUACACCGACGAGAAGGUGAAACAGAUGGACAUUUUUAACCCGCUCAAGUUCAAGCCUUUUAAAUGUCACCUUUGCUCGAGGGGUUACAAGGAAAAGAAAGAGUUGAAGGCCCAUUUGCGUCACAAACAUAAUAUGACUAAAGAUAUGGCAGAGCAAAUUAUAUGCUCUUUUGCAAGGAAGGAGGAGGAUUCUCCAUCUUCUGCUCUGAAGACAAAGGAGGUCCAGACUGACCAAAAGGAGGUCCAGACUGACCAAAAGGAUGGUCCUACUGGGAACAAUCGGCUUCUAAAUGGUGACCACUGUGUUGGGAAGGGCAACGCUGGCAGAAGUAAUGGCGAAAUUAUGACUGAACAUGAGAGUUUGAGGGGUAAUCACGUUUCACUGUCAGAAAAAGGCACUUCUGAGACUAAAACGGACGCGGAUGGAGCCUCACCGAACACAAGGGUCAGUGCGCGUUUGAUGACAAAAGUGAAGCCGGACGAAGACAAACCCUAUUGUUGUUUACAUAAGGGCUGUGGUGCUGGCUUCACUAAGAAGUUCAACCUUCUGCGUCACCUACAGCGUAUACACCACCAUCGCUCCAAUCUUUGUUGGCAGAAGACUUUUCCUUGUAAGCAUGAUGGAUGUAAUAAACGGUUUAAUCAUCAAUCCAGUCUGAACAGACAUUACCGCAAAGGCCAUCCCGUAUCGGAGGAUCCCAUUCCGAGGUUCAGCUGUACCUUUCCCCAGUGCAGUGCGUCCUACCACCUGCAGAGCAGCCUUCUGCGCCACACCAGUCAAGCACACCAGAAUCGGACUCCGCUGAAGUCCACGGCUCCGUCUUCAUUCUGCAAGUUCGAAGAUGUCUACAGGCGUUAUGACCGCUCGGGUCCCCUUGUCGUGCGUCUAGAAAGUACGCACAAGAGAGACGGUUCAAACAGUGGCUGCCAAAAAAAGCUGGUCAUCACAUCCAGUUCUCCACCUCUGAAGGUCUCCAAAAGGCUGUCUUUACAAUGCUCCCCUAAAGCUGAGGAGACUGUUGAACGCACUGAAGAAACCUCAGAGGAGGGACCAGAUGUCCAAUGUGUCAAACCAAAGAACGCGAAGAUCGACUUUGCAUACCGAACACCUGAGGAGGCUUUGCAGAUGUGCCAAGACCGCUGCUUAUCAGAGGCUUAUCCAUGCAUGGUACAGAGCUGCAAUUCUGUCGUCUCUAGCAAGCACAGCCUGCACCGACAUUACUUAAAGUGUCACAAAAUGCUUCAGACCAAGGUGAAAAACAGUAAAGACACACUUUUUUAUACUGCUGAGCAACUAGAAGAACUGAUACAAAAGAAAUCCACGGUAUCUGCUUUGCCAGAUUCAGACAGGGCUCCUAACGGAGUCCUCAAAAUGGAGUACCAAGCCAAGCCUGAGAACUCAAGGGCACCACACCUUCCCAUGAGCCUCCAUUCUAUAAAAAGUGAACAAGUGAAACGAGAGUCAUCUCCCUCGAGGGAUCCGACUCCAGAUUGCAGUGUAGUAAUUGGCGUAGAUGAUGUGGUUCAUAGGGAGUCUAAUGGCCAUGCAGAGAAGCAGCUGAUCAACACGGAGAACCAAACUCAGAAGGAACGAACAAAAACUCCCUCUCCUGCACCUCCUCUGGUGCCCCCUCCACCCCUUGACCUUUCUCCACCAUCUACCCUUAGAAUAAACCUCAACAAUGCUUCACUGGACCCUGUAAACAGAGAGAGCAAGGCUGUGAGUGUUCCCGCUACCAUCUUUAUACACACACACUCUUCCUUAACACGUCAACCUCUAAGGGGGAAAAAUUCCAAGCUCUCAGAGCCGUUACCUUCCGCACCUCAUCCACUGGUUCAAAAAGAUGCCAGUCUCGGCCAAGGUGCGUUCGACGUAGCGGCUUACAAGCCAUUGGGUUUCGAGUCCUCGUUUUUGAAAUUCAUACAGGAAAAGGAAGAGAAUUCUCAGCCCUUGCGGGGAGUGGCAGUCUUAAAACCCUGCUAUAACCCCGACGCUCCUCGCCGACGCGAUUCCUUCCGACACAACUACUCUGUCAAGGAGAACAACUUGAGGAGAUCCGGCAUCAGUCACAGUCGGAUGUCCUGCUUGCCCCCCCUUAAGUCCUUGCUUUCCGCAAAAGAAUGUAGUUCUAUCCAAAACCUGCGUUUUAUCUUGGAAAGGGCCUUAAUGGGUUGCGGUGACCAGGCAAUAAAGCAGCUUCAGUUCCUCAAGCCUGUGGUGGUUCUGGAAAGACCCAAGUCCUCCGCUUCCCUGCUGGAUCUUCUGCCCUCUGAAACACGAGCAUAAACUGUGCAAACUGCUACUUAGGACUGUGUAGAGUUUUCACCUCAUGGUUUUUUUUUUUUUUUGGUAAUCCAAAAUGGUUCCACUUUUUUUUUUAAAUCAUUAAAACAACUUCGUUUUUUUUGUUUGUUUUGUCCCCCCCCCCCCCCCCCCCCCCCCCCAAACUGCCAAGGUGUUGUUCCUUGAUUUUUGUUUUCCAUUCAAAAAUAAUAAUAAAAAAAGCUCUUUCAAUUAA